GCUCUCCCUCUCCCCUUCUUCUCCACACUUUCCCCUCUCCCACUCCUCUCCCUCUGCUCCACACCUCCUCUCCCCAUCCUCCCUUUUCUCUCCCCAUUUCUCCCCCUCUCUUCCACCUCUUCAGAGUCAACCACUCCUCUCACUUCGCGCCUCCUCUUUUCCCUAUUCCCAACAGUUCUCUCCGUCUCUUCCCUCCCUCUCUUCUUUCUCUUCCUCUCUUGUGACUGAUGACUAGAACCACCAUCAUUGGCCUCACCUCCUCCUCCUCUACCUCUUCUUCUACCACUAGUCUGUAGACUAGGGGUUCCUUUUGUGGUGGAAGAAGACUUCCCCCUCCCCCUUUUAACACCUGCUUCUUUUCCUGGAGUUACCUUGGGCUGGUGAAAUACAUGUAAAACUGAAUUCCCUACAAAAAAGACUCCUCACCAUUUCGAAUCUUCCCGCUCCGUUGUUGUGUCAGUGGGCGAUAAAUAGAACUGACGUGCGCGUUAUUUGGGAAGCAGAUCAGAAAAUGGCUUCGGCGACGCAGCAAGGAGACGGGGUGGCGGACCCGACUGGGGCGAGGAGGAUCAGAAGAAAUGCGUCGCUUGCUGCGGCAGAGCAAAUGGAGGGACUUAGAUGUCUAGACAUGAUGGCCGAGUACAGACAGUGCAUCUCCGCCUAUCACCAGUUCCACCGGUACUACAUUCACGGGGAGUUCUCCAAGUGCAAGACGCAGAAGACACGGAUCUCCAACUGCAUCAAGUGGAAGACGUCCAACGACCAUAAAGCGAGGGAAGACAUGUUGAAGAGUUUUGAAGAGGAGCAGCUGUCGAUGUACACACAGACACCAGUCUGGGAGAUGAGAGAUCAGCCGCCAGAGGAGUGGGAUAGCUCUGACUCUGGCAAUUUCAAAGGCUCUGGUGGCCCUCAGGGAUCUGAGAGUAGUGAUAGAUAAUCUCCAUCCCAAUCUCACUGUAUUUAUCCCAUCUUCUUGUGUAUUAUACAUAAUUGAGGUGUUUUCGUG